AUGCCUCGGCAGAAGACAUCCUCCCUCAAGACUUAUUUUGACGAGCUAGAAGAGACCAACGGUGAUGAGGAAUGCAAGGCCUGGUUAAGCAGAGCUUUUGACUCGAGGGCUGCACUAGCAGUUUUCGUCGCUGGGCGUCGGGAAGGAGGGGGAACCGGAAAACAUGUUGGUAUUCUUGAGGGUUCCUUCAACUUUAGCUUUCGCCUCAGCUUCAACGAUGGACGGCCAGAUGUUAUUAUUCGGUUUCCGAAGCCCGGACACCCGGCUACAGCUUAUAGGGACGAAAAAGUUGUGAAUGAGGUCCAGAUCAUGGAAUAUCUCCGCCAAACCACUGAUAUCCCUAUCCCUCGUGUUCACAGCUGGGGCUUAAUUACCGAGAGUCCACAACAACUUGGUCCAUUCAUCAUUAUGGAUUAUGUCAACGGUACACUUUCGUCGACUAUCUUGAAACAACCCGACCAAGAAAAUAUGGUUCUGAACCCAAACAUCGACAUUUUGCCUCAGACGUAG